GCCAAUCUAUGAAUGAGCUGGGUCUGAUUUUGGUGGGGUGGUACCACAGUCAUCCUUUCUCGGAAGCUCAGCCCUCAGUGAAGGACAUAGACAGUCAGAUGUCGUAUCAGCUCUGUAUGAAAGGAUCAGGAUCUAAUUACUUCCCUUGUGUAGGAGUCAUCAUAGCUCCAUAUAACAGACAGAGAACAAAGAAGGAAUCUGCUUGCAGAAUGUACAUGGUCAUGCCACCUCUGGAUGAGCAGCCCUCAGAUUAUGGUAUACCUAUGAUUGUCAAAUUCUCCCUGCAGAAGAAUCUCUCUGUCACGGAGGAACUUCUUAGUGAAAUGAAAACAGUGACAGAUUUUUAUAGAGGUGCCCCUGAUUGGCUGAAGUUCAGACAAUGCUGGCAGCCAACCAUAACGUACUUAGACAAAUUGAAGGGUUCUCUUGCCACAAAACUGCCCGAAGAUCAGAUGGAGAAUGGAACUUUCCUGGAAUUUGUUCAGCAUUUGAUUCUGUCAAAAUGAAUCUUCUGAACUUUCAGAACUUAAAAAAUUAGCUUUUUAAAACCAAUCAAAGUUUAAAGUUCAUGUGUUUUGUUAAACAGUUAGCAGGAGUACAGUGUACCUGAUCCAAGCAUCAAAAUUGGAAUCAAAUGAACAAACAUAUAGCAGCUAAGUAAACUGUGCCUAAUGUGUUAGUAUGUAGGUGUAACUGGUGCUGUUUGAUUAACUGUAUGGAAUAUUUUUCUCUGUGUGUUCCAGUUUUUGUCUGUUAAUGAUGAUUCAACAUGUCUUCCCAAUAUUAUAAGAACAUUGUGUACAGAUUAAUUGGAUGAAUCGUGUAUGCUUUAUAGACGAGAGUGUUGUGUAAACAUAAUACUAGAUUUAUGCACAGUAUGAAGAAUAUUAGAGUACUUUGUUUAAAGGUUCAAUAGUUUUAAAAUAUGUAUUUGCAACAUAUAUCUUGUUUCUAUCAAGUACAGACCAAUACAUAAAAACAAACAUGUAAAUGUAUAUGAAUUUCUAUUAUUUAAAGGUUGUAUAUAAAGAUAUGCAUAAAACAGGACUGAAAAUAUCAGUAUUUCAUGAAAAAUGUACAAUUUUCAUUGAAGCAAACAGGGACCUAUAUACUAACAUAGGUCCCUGAAAACAAACAAGAAUAUAGAAAGCUUUUUUAUUUAACCAAGGGGUUUUCCUGACAGCUUCAUGUCAUGAUGCAACUGAUUAAAACAAACAUUUAGAAGCAUUAUAAAUAAUUCAUAUCAAGGCAGCAGCUUUCUGAUUUGUAUUGAUUAAUAGGAUUAUACAUGCACUAUGCACAAGGUAUAUCAGGU